GCUACUAGGUUACCUAAGUAAUAGGAAAUUAGGUAACUCCUCGUCUGGGUGUUAAUUUACCUAUGGAGGGUAGACUGUAAUUAGGUAACCCACAGGGGCCAGUACUAAACAUUUGAUGCCCCAAUCCCCACGUAGUGGAUGUACCUAGUAUUCGCGGCACCGUUCCUUGCAGUUAUUUUAUUAUAGCUAACCUAGGUAUGUUGUCGUAUGAGGAAUAAUUACCUAGUACGUAGAUCAAGUGGUACUCACCUGCAAAAGUUUUGCAUCAAAUGCUAUGUUUUAAAGGCUAUGGAAUAUCAGAUUGAUGACAAGAAGACCUCAACUGGGGAACAAAUUAAAGAAGAUUUAAACCCUGUAAUAGAUUAUAGCGAAUGUCCUAGCCAAUUUGCAGGAGCUCGAUACAUCAUUGAAUGUGGGAUUAAACUAAAAGCAAAUUUGUUGACAGUAGCUACAGCUGCCACAUACUUCCACAGGUUUUUUUGUAGUAUCUCCUUAAAGGAAUAUGAUCCAUAUCUCAUUGGUUGUACAUGCUUGUACCUUGCGUCAAAGGUUGAAGAUGAUGAUAUAAAAAUCCGGGACAUCAUCAAUGUGGGAAUAAAUUGUGUUAGACCCGAGACCCCUCCUUUGCCUCUUGAGCCUUAUUUUGCUUUAAGGGACUCUCUUAUCCAAGCUGAACUUCUGCUUAUGCGUGUUCUUGGCUUCAAAUUGAAAGUAGACCGCCCCAUAAAGUAGCUUCACCUAUGUGAAUCAUUGAAAGAAUGGCUAGGAGAGAAGAAAUUCAACUCCAUUCCAUUUGUAGAUUUAUCAUUUACUCUACUUCAAGACAUAUACCAUUCACCUAUUGUGAUAAAAUAUUCGCCUCAGCUUCUCUCUGCGGCUAUCCUGAAUAUAGUUAAUCAGGUGUAUGGAGUAGUAGUUCCUGGGUGUGAUGAUCUACAUGAUCAGUCAUGGUUCACUGGACUGCAUACUGACUGCACAACUAAAGCAGUGUGGGAAGUUUCAUCUGAAAUUUUAGCCAUGUAUAAAGAAGAAGAAAAAUUGAAAAUCAAGAAUAAGAAGUAA